ACAGGUAUAUCAUGUCUCUUCUUCAUGGUCGGUCUCUGGGCUCUCGCCCGUCUCAGCCAAGAACCACCAAACUGCUCCUCAGCACCAGAUCUCCCAAAGUCGCCAUGAUCAGACCACCUGUGAGACCGCCCACAAAGAGCAACGAGGAUUGGGCGGCUGUUUUAGGUCCAGAUGCAGAGCGAGAAGCCAGAGAGAGCCGGAACAAGUCUGAGAAACAUCUGAACUUCAACCGAGAACCAUCGGCGUGGAGAGAGAGGAGAGAGAUGAACAUUUUGAGACGGGAAAGCAAGCGACACAAAUCUCGAAGGGACAAAAACAAUUGUACUUUUAAAUGUGGAGCUUUGAAACUGGAGUCAGAGGAAGACCUCGGGCUGAAACAGAAGACGGAUCUGUGCAGUGGAGACAAGAUGAUCCACAGGAGGUCAAACAUGGACAAGUCAACAGGUCACAGGAGAACAUUCAAAUCCAAUAUGAGUUUAAUCAAGAACAACAAGCUUUUCACUUUGGGGAGUAAAAAUAACAUUGAGUCUGGAGGAAGAGAGAGAGAGGAGCAGAAGAGGAGCAGACCGGAGGAGAGCAGAGGAGGGACUACGCUCAGGCAGAGGGAGCUGGGGAGGAGGAGGCAGAGGAGGAGCGUUGCACAGGUGCAGGAGGACAGAGCAUCACUCAGGUCCUGUUCAGUGAAAUCCUGGCGGUGGUCUUUGGUCAAAUCCAGGAGUCUGUGCCAAUCACAGUGUGGCAGAGCGGUAACGUCACAGCAGCUCACCUGCAGGCGGCCAAUCAGAGAAGAGCAUUGCAGCGAGGAGGAGACAGGAAGUGAAGGCGAGCACAGUGGAAUGGGCGGGGUCAGGAGGCAGCAUCUCGUCAGAAUAAAAGCCUCUCAGAAUCUGAAGAAGAGGAUCCAAAGGCUGAAGAGCGGAACUUUUACUCUGAUGACCACCGUGUGACCUCUGACCUGACCAUGAAUGAACCAUCACCUGAAAUGUCACCCACACAAACCACCACAACCACACAGAACCACACAGAACUGAAUGACUUUAAAGAGGAGAGCAUGUUUGAGUAAUCUAGUGAUCUCUCCCGGGCCCUAUUCAAACCCUCCUUACGGUUAGCAGUACCAGCUUGUACAAGGCUCCGCCCACAAACCUACGCCAUCCAUGCUCCGACAUUUCUCCAUAAAUAUACAAAAACAUGACACAAAACUGUUCACAGCAACUUGACAAACCUGAUGUGAUGUGCAGUAGUUUCAUUAGUGGGAUGCAGCUGAUUGUGUUGUGAUAGUGCUCUGAAGGGGGAGUGACUUAGCACAGAGAGCAAAGGGAGGGGAGACUCAGCAAAUAUAAACAAAAGUUAAACUUAUAA